AUGUACGCGGACUCGCGCCUGCCGUGGACGAUCGUCAACACGACGGUGAUGUUCACCCGUUUCGGCAUCAACUGUUUCUUCGUCACCUUCUACCUCAACUCCAUGGUGCUCCAAAUCACAUCAAAGCUGAUCUCCGUCAACAAAGCGCAGGAUAUCAAGCGAUACCUCAAGGGUGUUACGCUGCAGGUGAGGUUUUAU